AUGGAUGUAGACAAUAUUCUCAGGUCCUUAGGAAAUUAUGGGCGAUACCAAGUGCUACAGUAUGCUUAUAAUCUGAUUUGUUUGCCGAUCGUUACAUAUCCUGUUGUAAUCUAUGUAUUUGUGGGUUACAUUCCAGACUUUAAAUGUAAGUUUCCUGGUGAUCACGUGACAAAAUACUACGCCGACACCAAUGUGUCAUACAACGUUACAAUCCAUUCGCGUCAAUGUGACGUCAUCGUCGAAACAAACAGGUCCGGUAUUCUUACCCAGGACUUUUUGCCAUGCCGAGAUGGAUAUGAAUUUUCUGGCCAGGAAACCACUGUAUCAGAGUGGAAUCUUGUAUGCGGAGCUGAAGGCCUGGGGAGUCUGUCCACUACAGUGACGGUGAUUGGUCAGAUGAUAGGAGCUGCACUGUUUCCCGCCCUGGCAGAUAAAUACGGUCGUCUGCUGAUCUCCUACACGAACUUUAUCGCUAUGGCUUUGUGUUACGUAUUAGCUGCUUUUGUUCCAUGGUUCAGUGCCUUUGUUAUCCUUAGAUUACUAAUGGGAGCCUUUGGUCAGGGAGCCGGAAUGACCUUGGCAACACUGGCUUUGGAGAUUUUCCCUGCUGAGUCACGUGGCUUUAUUGUCUCUGUAGGAAGCAUAGCCUGGGCUCUCUCAAUCACGUCGAUAUCUCUUGUGGCUUACCUUCUUCGUAACGUAUCGUGGAGAUAUACCAUGCUGGCUGCCGGUAUAAUAGGGUCCCACAGCCUUGGUACACGGUGGAUUCUCCAGGAAUCUCCUCGAUGGCUUGUUGCAAAUGGCAGAUAUGAAGAGACAAAGCAGUGGAUAAAACGUGCUGCCAAAUGGAACAAGAUAGAUCCUUCCAAUCUAAUAGAGGAGUUUGACUCUGAAUUACAGAGUAGUGAGCUACAGGUGCUUGUAGAUGGAAAUACUGAAUUAACCAAACCAGAGGUUAAUGGUGAAGAGGCCGGAAAAAGGAGGAUGGAUUCAUAUAGGAAGGAAGAGAAGUUGUCUGUGUUGGAUAUUUUCAGGCAUAAACACAUAUUACUGACUUCCAUGAUUGUCUGGGUAGUGUGGUUUGUUAACAGUCUCACAUAUUAUGGACUAUUUCUUACCUCUGGGACUAUGAGUGGAAAUAUGUACCUGAAUUUUUUCUUAAAUGGCAUCGUUGAGAUACCAUGCAUAUUUCUCUAUUUGUUUACAAUCAACAGAUAUGGAAGGAAGAAGACCUGCGUCAUGUUUCAUGCCAUCGCUGGUGUGAGUCUCACUCUGACUGCUAUUCUUAACUUUACUGCAGAUACAUCUGCGAUGAAGGGAUUUGCUUCAGCCAUGAGUUUCGCCGGAAAGUUUGGAAUAUCUGGAUCAUUCAUGACAAUCUUCUUAUACACACCAGAGAUUUAUCCUACAAAUUUAAGGGCGUUGGGUAUGGGACUGGCCUCUGCUGCUGCUAGAAUAGGAGGAAUGAUAUCACCAUAUGCAGCCCUGUUUGGUUCCUACAUCCCUUGGGGACCAGGUGUCGUGUUCGGUUCUCUGUCACUUGUUGUAACGAUUUUGUUCCUAUGGUUACCCGAAACAACUGGGAAGGAGCUGCCAAAUACUCUCGAAGAAGUCAAGAAUUUCUAUGUCUUGAAAGACAAUAAGAAAAAGACAAAAACGAACUCUUUAAAUGGAGAUUCCUAGCAAAAUGGACAAAACAAUUUACAUUUCUUGUUGUAACCAACAAAAGAGAACACAUAAUAAAAGAGAACAUGGACAUCA